AUGUCCGCCAAGUUGUAAGUUUCGAAAUUUGAACUUUAAAAUUUAAAUUAAAUGUCUUAGCGCCGCUCUGAUCGCUCUUCUGGUCAUCUGUGCCAUCGUCAGCGAGACCUCCGCCCAGUACUACGGUAGCUAUUACGGUAGCUACUACCCGUCCUACUACGGUGGAUAUGGAUACGGUAGCGCCUACGGAUACGGCUACAGUGGAUACCCCUACUACGGCUCUGUUUAUGGCAAACGCGAGGCCGGAUUCGCCCCCAAGAACUGA